ACGUGCCAUUACCAAACGCGGCGCAUUCACCUAGGUCACAGUAAAAUUAGGUUGACGGUUUAUUUAUUUAUUAUGCGUUGAUUAAUUUGAAGCCCCAUAUGCAUUUAGAAUUCCAAUCGCGUGUAUCCUAAUUCGGGAGGUUAUACAAACUUUCAGUGUAGCAGGUCACAUUAAAAAAGCAACCAGUGAUUGGACGAAGUCAAUUCUCGGUCUGUCUUUAUCGACCAAAUCAUUCUUUUUUUUUGUUACACAGAUGUUAUAGACUUCAAUGAUAUGGAUGUUCGUUUGGAAAACCACUUGGAUUAUUUUAUCCACGACAAUACUGCUGCUGCGUGGUUGAGUCCAGAAAUGCUGUCAGUUGCACGGGAAGCCUUCGUUGCUGGGGACUUCAACCUCCUUGCUGAGAUCUACAGCUCCCAGUUGGCGGACCUACGACACCCGGACCGGAGCCUCUGCCUCCUGAAAGCGGACGCGCUCAGCCGGGCAGGGCGGGUAGCGGACGCUCUGGAAUCAUACUGUACCGCCGCCAACUUGGACAGGUUACGACCAAAUGAACUAGGGUCUCUCGUUGACUGUAUUGCGCACACUUUACGCGUAAAAGAAUGCCUAAAAGAAUGCACAGACUCAGAUGGGGUUUUCGAGGAUGAGCAUUCGUUGGACCUGUUCUCAUGUCGGCUUUGCAAGUGCUUGUUAAUCGAGCCAACAACUUUGGAAUGCGGCCAUACAUUCUGCAAACCAUGCAUUGAGGAUGACGGUGUCAAAGAAUGUGAAUUCUGUCGUUACAAACUGAACGAAACAAGAAGACAAUUAAAACCAAUCUGUUUUAAAGUGAAUGUAGUACUCAGAGGCCUGUUGGAUAAAUGGUUUUGCGCAGAGAGUGAAGCAAGACGAUGCUGGCUUGAAGGGGAUAGAAUGCGGAACGAACGUGGCUUUAUCAACGCUCUUGAAAAAUACAACAACGCUCUUGAAAAAGCCCCUUCUAUGUGUAGGCUGCUGGGCCGACGGGCAGAGCUGCAUAUGGAGAUGAGCAACUUCAGACAGGCCCUACAGGAUGGAGACGCCAUGUGUCGACUGACGCCCCUCUCUCCCAAGGCUCACUACGUGAAGGCCCUGGCUCUGAACAAAGCCGGUUAUAAUGAAGAGGCCCUGCAAGAAUACUUCUACUGUCUGGCUCUGAAGCCAGACUGGAUGUCAGUCAAGCUGGAAACGCAAAAGAUGCUGAGUGAGAUGUUCUCUGUGUUCAAGAUGGACGGUCUCCCCACGUCAUCACCCCACCCCCACCAAACAGGCCCCGCCCCCUACCUCAAACCAGCCUCCCUUCUCCUCGGCUCCCUCCAUUCCACCCCUCGUAGAUGGAGCCAAACCCCUAUUGGCAGUAGAGACAGUUUGUCUGACACUGGGGCAGAGACCAAGUCCUCAUGUGAGGACUCCAAGACCCUAGCUUCUGUCGUGGCUGCCUUACCUCUCCCCCCUGGCCUAAAGAGGAAGUUCUCAGACGAGCCCCAAGGCUCUGCACCCCCCAACAAGCUCCCCAGAAAAGUCUUGUGUUCAGAUGAGUCAAGCUCAUCCCAGAUGCCUGCUGCGUAUUGCAGUGAGAGGAGAGAGGUGUCCCCUCAGCUCCUGGAUAGCUCUGACAUGGACUGCUCUGUUUGUAUGAGGGAAGUCAAACACACACACACACACCCUGUCUGUAGGUCCAGUUUUCCCUACGUAGUUAUUAAAACCAUCCCUACCCCAUGCGUUUUCUCCAGGCUGUUCUACGAGCCAGUCACCACCCCCUGUGGACACACCUUCUGCAUGAAGUGUCUUGAGCGCUGUCUGGACCACAACCCCAACUGCCCCCUGUGUAAAGAGAACAUUACAGAGUACCUGGCCACUAGAGGGUACCAUAAGACCCUGCUGAUGGAGGAGGUGCUGCAGCGCUACCUGUCUGAGGAGCUGGCUGAGAGGAGCAAGGUGCACCAGGAAGAAAUGGCAGAGCUGUCAAACUUGACCCAGGAAGUGCCCAUCUUCAUCUGCACCAUGGCAUUUCCCACAAUCACCUGCCCUCUGCAAGUCUUCGAGCCGUGUUAUAGGCUGAUGAUCCGACGCUCUAUGGAGGGCCAUCAAAACACUUUGACGGGAACCAAGCAAGCGUCAAAGGAUUCAUGUGAGCAAAUGGCUAAUACAGAUAUCCUACAUUUGUAUACCCUGCGUUUCCCUGACCACAGCUUCGCAGACUACGGCUGCAUGUUGGAGGUGAAAGAUGUGAAGUUCCAACCAGACGGGCGCUUGGUGGUCGACACGGUCGGAGUGUCCCGCUUCAGAGUGCUGAGCCACGGCCACCGUGACGGCUACAACACAGCCAAGAUAAAGCACCUGGAGGACCAGAAGGUGGAGGGAGAGGAGCUGGCGGAGCUGCAGAAGCUGCAUGACUGUGUGUACGAGCAGGCCAGCACCUGGUUCACCUCCCUCAAAGACAACAUGAAGAACCAGAUCGUCAGUCACUUUGGAAAGCUGCCUGUAAAACACUGUGACAUCCAGGGGAGUGUCAGUGGUCCUGCAUGGUGUUGGUGGCUGCUGGCUGUACUGCCCCUGGAGAAGAGAGCCCAGCUAAGCAUCCUGGCCAUGACCACCCUCCGAGAGCGCCUCAGCACCACCCGCCGGGUGCUUAGCCUCGUCACACGCAAACACCUGCCAACAUGGCGACCAUCUUCCUCAGCAGCAUCAGCAUCAUCAUCACUGUAGUGGCCCCCCUGGAGGGGAUCAGUUUAGAAUAAUCUGGGCUCAGUUAGAUAACUUUUGACAAUCUGGAUGUCGCCUAUCAGCUAGGAUUAAAUGCAUAUAAAUAUAAUGAAUAGAACAGGAGUCCCCGUUGAAGUCAGUUAUUUUUCUGUUCUAUUAAUUAAAUUUCUAUGCAUUUAAUCCUAUCUGAUAGACUAAAUCCAGAUAGAUCAUUUUUGGAAAACUGGGCCCUGGAGAAGAAGGGAGAAACUACAUUUUCCUCAGAAGCUCUAGCCUCAAAUAGUUCUAACAGUGGGAAUGAUUUACCAGUGUUGUUCAUGAUCUCAGGAAUGGGUUUCUACUUGAGUCUUACAAAAAGGAUCGAUGGACCCAACCAAAACACAUAAAUGAGUGUCAUAUUUGCACACACAUCUUUGGGUCAAUUCCAUUAUGUCCAGUUUUGUCAUGUUUAUGUGUGGUACAUGAGGUUAAUCUUGUUUUAUUGUUGACCUGUGUACAAGAGGCCUUAAAUUAUUUUUGCAAUAUGUUUUUUUUUCUACUAUUUGUCAUGUGAAAACAAUUUUCAUGUUAUAGAAAUUUAGCAUUUUUCUAUGGGACAUAAUUAAGAUUAAUGCACACCAUCCCUUACUGGAAUAAUAUGUUCUACUGUAUAUUGGUAAUUAUGGCACGAGGGAGCACUUGAUGCAAGCAAGAUAAAAAUAGCAGCACAACAGACAUUGUAGUAGCACCAAAGAUUCACAGGGUGGCAGUCCCUUAAGGGAAUGUUAAUCUUUGGAUGCUGU